AAAAGAGUACUUAUCGGCAUUGGGAUGCGUGUUCUUAGCGUCUGCUUUGGGGGUUGUUAGUUCGUCAGACCCAUCAAUUCAUUAUUCAAUUUACAACUCUUCUCAUUUCUCUCUCUUUCACGAUGUUAAAACGCCACCGUAUCCCCCAUAACUGCAAACGCCUCAGCUUCGUCUACGCUCCAUUUUCCUCCACCUCUCUCUGCAAUUUUUGCACUCCACCUCGUUGCCAAUGGCCAAUUUCGCCGAUUCUCCCCUCAAAUCCGAUGCUCUUUUGGAGCAGAUGAAGCAGCAUCUCGCUACCGAUGCCGGAAAAGAGAUCGUCAAGAAAGUUGGCCAUGUUUAUCAGAUCAAUAUAUCUCCCAAGAAAAUCGGAACUGAUGAGGUGGUUUACACCAUUGAUCUCAAGAAAGGAGAGGUUACCAAAGGUCCAUAUGAAGGAGGAAAGCCAGACGCUACCUUAUCCUUUAAGGACGAAGACUUCAUUAAAAUUGCUUUGGGGAAGAUGAAUCCCCAGAUUGCUUUCUUGAGGGGUGCUCUGAAAAUCAAGGGCAGCAUUGGCGCGGCACAGAAAUUCACUCCCGACAUUUUCCCCAAGCCUGCAAAGUUAUGAGCAGACGCAAGGGAAAUUGCUGUUCCUGAAGCCACUCCACAUUGUCAUGUUGGGAGAUGUAUGGGUAUUUAGACAAGGAAAGUUAAACCAAUAAUUUUAGUGUCAAAGUAUUAGUCCAAUUCUCUUGUAGGAUAUCAUAACAUGUUGGGAACUAUACCUCCUCAUUUAAUGUUCAAAUCAUCUUCUCUUUCGCCAUAUUUCAUAAGGCAUGAAAAUUGCUCUUUGAGUGCUCUGUUGUUCUUGUCUUCUUUUUUUUUCUAAUAGGUUUAUAUGUAUAUUUGUUGCAUUUAUUUUAUCCGAGUUGCUCUGUUCAGAACUGUGAGCACUUUCAUUCA